GGCAACGUUACAUCAUGGCCAUACCGUAUAUAUGCUAGUUGACGUGAUUAGCAGUUCGAUCGAUCGAUGAAACACUGAAGUAAUUAGACUAUUUUGGCGUUCGGAUCCCAUAUUUCGCUUAAGUCAAUAUAAAGAAACCAUCUUUUUCAUCUGAUAAUAAUUAGAAGUCGAUUAUACACAGACGAGCAGUCUUGUUUUAAGUUUCCGGUGCAUUAUUAUUCCGUAUAAUAUCAUUCGUUUUAAAGUAAAUCAUUUUAUUAGAUCGUACCAUGGAAUCUUUUAGAAUUGUGCUGUUGUUCUCCUGCAUAGCCGCGGCCACGGCCAAUACUUUCACUCUUCCCGAUUCACAUUCCUUAAGGUUGAUGAGACAUAUUAUGCACAAGUUCGCCCAGCCAGCCCAGGUACCAGAAGUAAAGCAAGCCCAGUCCGCGGAAAUCUCUUGUUUACCAGACAACUGGAAGACCAGUGGGGGAAAGGGCAUCUGUGCCACGACCGACCAACUUGAUACAAAAUGCUCAGGCGAUCUAGAAAUCAGUAGCUCUAAGGACUGCAGUGGAUUUGAUGGCAACUGGUGCUGUUACGUACCAAUGAAGGCCGGCAGUGCAACUAAGCAGACAGUAGCAGCAUCUGCACCUAAGGAGGAAAAGAUUAAACUGUCGGUAGCCGGACCCAUCAAUCCCCAUCCCGCUCUCACCCGCCAAAGACUACAGCUGCAGAAGAUCAACAAUGUACAGAAUGCGAUGAACCGCCGCCGAAUUCCAACCUCAGUUAUGAACCAUUUUUAAAGUAGACUGCUGGAGAGUCCUACCUGACACAUCUCUGCCUCGAGUAUAAUAUGAAGAGCUGCUACGAUGCGGUUUGGCUUGUGCCGGCAUUGUUGUACAAAGCUGAACAAAUCGGUUAAAAAAUCUAUGCUAGCAAAACCUAGGUUUAAUUGCUUGUUUAAAACUUUCAUAAACUUUCAGCACGG